GACCUGGGAACAGUGAGCAGCCAGUGAAGCAUCCAGCCUGCCGAACAAGCUUGCUUUUAGGGUCAGGAACUGGUCUGACUAGAGAAUGGCAAUCCUGCCUUUAAACUGUCUAUAGAAAGUGUUGACGAUGACUCGAACACAGCUCCAGGCCCAAAGGCGAAACGCUGAACAAGAGAAUGUGAAGACAUAUUUCAGGACAUUGUGAGUGCCACUAAAGAUGUCUGAUAGUGUCGAUAUUGAAGAGAAACCACCAGCCCCCCCCUUGAGAAUGAACAGUAGCUCCCGAGACUCUUCAUCAGUGAAUCACGCCUCUAAACCGCUUCCAAUGGCUCCCGAAGAGAAAAACAAGAAGGUCCGCCUGCGCUCCAUCUUCCCCGGCGGAGACAAGACAAACAAGAAGAAGGAGAAGGAGCGUCCCGAGAUUUCUUUACCUUCAGACUUUGAACACACUAUUCAUGUCGGCUUUGAUGCGGUAACGGGAGAAUUCACAGGCAUCCCAGAGCAGUGGGCGCGGCUCCUCCAGACCUCCAACAUCACUAAGCUGGAGCAGAAGAAGAACCCGCAGGCUGUGCUGGACGUCCUCAAGUUCUACGACUCCAAAGAGACCGUCAACAACCAGAAAUACAUGAGCUUCACCUCCGGAGACAAGUCGGCGCACGGAUACAUCGCAGCAAACACUCUGAACCGGCUGCUGUCAUCUGGGCCUCCUGUCAGCCUUAGAACCUGCAGCGCAUUAUUUGACAAGGGUGCCAAAACAUCAUCGUCAGAGCCCCCCAUCGCUCCACCUGUGUCCGAAGAGGAGGACGAGGAAGAGGAGGAAGAAGAGGAGGAGGAGGAAGAGGAGGAUGACGAUGACGAAUUGCCCCCCGUCAUUGCACCCCGGCCCGAGCACACCAAAUCUAUCUACACUCGCUCCGUCGUGGACCCACCAAAGCCUCCCUCCCCUGUGAAAGAAGUGGUGACGCCACCCGAGUCACAGGUCCAGCCCGAGAACACGUCCAACACGAUGUACCGCCACACCGACCGCCAGAGGAAGAAGUCCAAAAUGACAGAUGAGGAGAUCCUGGAGAGACUCAGGAGUAUCGUGAGCGUGGGGGAUCCCAAAAAGAAGUACACACGCUUUGAGAAAAUAGGACAGGGAGCGUCCGGCACUGUGUACACCGCCAUCGACAUAGCAACUGGCCAAGAGGUGGCCAUCAAGCAGAUGAACCUGCAGCAGCAGCCCAAGAAAGAGCUGAUCAUCAAUGAGAUCUUGGUGAUGAGGGAAAACAAGAACUCCAAUAUAGUAAACUACCUGGACAGUUACUUGGUGGGAGAUGAGCUCUGGGUUGUGAUGGAGUAUUUGGCUGGCGGCUCGUUGACAGAUGUGGUGACGGAGACCUGCAUGGACGAGGGCCAGAUCGCUGCGGUCUGCAGGGAGUGUCUUCAAGCUCUGGACUUCCUCCACUCCAACCAGGUGAUCCACAGAGAUAUAAAAAGUGACAACAUCCUGUUGGGUAUGGAUGGAUCUGUCAAGCUUACCGACUUCGGCUUCUGUGCCCAGAUCACUCCAGAGCAGAACAAGCGCAGCACGAUGGUGGGGACGCCUUACUGGAUGGCACCGGAGGUGGUGACUCGGAAGGCUUACGGCCCAAAAGUGGAUAUUUGGUCUCUAGGAAUCAUGGCGAUAGAGAUGGUGGAGGGCGAGCCACCCUACCUGAACGAGAAUCCACUCAGGGCUCUGUACCUGAUCGCCACCAAUGGGACUCCAGAGCUGCAGAACCCGGAGAGACUGUCGUCUGUGUUCAGAGACUUCCUCAACCGCUGCCUGGAGAUGGAUGUGGACCGCAGAGGCUCUGCCAAGGAGCUGCUCCAGCAUUCCUUCCUCAAGCUGGCCAAGCCUCUAUCCAGCCUGACGCCUCUGAUUGUAGCCGCGAAGGAAGCCAUAAAGAACAGCAGUCGCUAGGACGUGCCCUCUGUCCGCACCCAAGGCCCGGAGCCCCGUCUGUGUUGUGUGCGUUCAUGGGGCCGGGAUCUGGGUGUAUGAGGGGCGAGUGACCUGAUAGUGAUGGCACAGGGAGGGGGUUUGUGUGACUUGCAGUGACAGCACAAGAAGGACUAAAGACCCCCGGGCCUCGUACGUGGGAUGGAUAUCUGGCCUUGCAGCCUCUCGGCCCAUGCUGCUGAAAAGACCUUGCCUCUUUGUUUACUUUUCCAACACUCUGUGCGUGUAGAGCAGUCCAUCACAAGCCUCUGUGUGUGUGUGUGUGUGUGUGUGUGGGCGCGUGUGUGAGUGCACAUGUUUGUGUCAAUCGUCUUGUUAAAGGAGGCCGUCGCUCCCUGAAUCCAAAAAAAAAGGGUUGGAAAAAAAAACCUCAGGAGCGAUGAGGAGACACUGACAAAAGUGAGGACGUCUUGCACCUGCAGUGACCAGCUGAUGUGAGAGAGAGAGAGUGACUCCUGACCUCCGACCUUUGCCUGCAUGACUAUGGCUCUGUGCAGAAACACCGCUGCUCCACUGCAGAUUGUUCCAUCUCAACCUACGUGUGUGUGUGUGUGUGUGUGUGUGUGUGUGUGUGUGUGUGUGGAGGGGUGCAGCUACACUGGGGAACGUCAUGAAUAAUUUCACAGGACCUCGCUCAGCUUUAAACCUCCCUCAGUAAUCUGCUACAGGUCAUGUGACCCAGCUCCUUAGAAAUAACAGAAGGUCAUGAAGGUCACACACGCUUAAUAAAUCCAUGUACAGAUCACGAUCAGAUUUGAAACAUGUAAUAAAACGGACAUUUUGAAGUAGGAAUUAUUUAAAAAAAAAAAAAUGUAAGAAUAAUAAAUGAGAUAUUUCCAUCUAAUUACUUCUUGCAGAAGGAAACCCUAACCCUGGUGUGUUUGCGUCAACAUUGAAUCACCAAAAAUACUAACACUUAAACUGUAGUAUUCACUGUGUACAAGCCUCACCAUUCAAAAUGAACUGGGUACACAUUUUGUUUGCAUCUAAAUUAAUGUUUUUUUUUUAUCAGGCUACAUAGUAUGACAUUGGAGGAAAACACUUAACUGAUAAAUAUUCAGUUUUACUCACAACAGUCACAACAUUUCAUCAUUUCAUUUCAGUGGCAAGUUGUGUAAAAAUGCGUCUCCAGCAUCCUUGUGUCCUUAAGCAAAAAAAAAAAACAACAAUUAAUGAUGGAAAAAUCAAAACACACUGUAUAUUAAUGGUCAGGUUAAUCAAUAAUCGGCAUUUUUAUCCAUUAUUUGAACAAUUCUAAUCUAAGCUUUAAUAUAUAUAUACGAGCAGAAAUGUGAACGGGAAAAUGUUUCGUCUUAAAAUUGUAACUCAUAGAUUAUGUUACUGCUGCUACAUGUUUGGCCUGCCUAAGCUUGACCUGUUUUUCCAGGUGAAAGGUCACCAAAAAUGUGGUCACUAUGUUUUUUAAUUCUGUUAUCUUGAGGUCACGUUAUAAUAAUAAUAAUAAUAAGAAGAAUCAAGAUCACAUGGCUUGUUUUCUUGUAAUAGUGGGAUAAUAAAAUUAAAAGGUUGUUUAUGAAUAGUUUACAAAAAGGAGAAUCGAGGUCAAACACGGAAGAAAAAAAAGCCUCGUUACCAUUAAUUAGACUUGCUAUCACAAGAUAACACGCCAUUAUCUCGUGAUGACGAGAUUAUUAUUCUGUGAUUGCAAGAUAACACAAUGAAAUAUGUUUUUAUUGUGAGUCUCUGGGCAGAUUGUACCUUGUCCUAACAAGCACUGAGAACAGGAUGUAGUAUUUCCUCCCACAAACUCAUCCCUGUACAGACGUUAUCUGUUUGUCAGUCAUUUCCAAUGUAGCACCCCUCUGUGUGUGUGUGUGUGUGUGUGUGUGUGUGUGUGUGUGUGUGUGUGUGUGUGUUAGGGGGCUACCUCAAUCUGCACUAGAAGAUGCCUCACCUGUGUCGUCCACCUUAACUGUGAGGUGCGGGGUAGCUGCUUAGUCAUGUCGUACCUCCGUUGUGCACCAGAUGUACAGAAGAUGAAGGAGUGAUGUAAGGCGGGAGGAUGCGACAGAAAACCAUGCAUGUAAAACAAACUAUACACUGUAUCUCAUCUCCACAUAGGUUAAGAUUGUUAGGAUGUGUAUGUAUGUAUGUAAAUACGAUGGGAACCCCGCCCCCUCCCUCCCUCACUCCCUCCCUCCCCCCAGAAUUAUGUAACUUAAAAUGACAAUAUUCAGGUUGCUCUAUGGUAUGUAUCAAUAAAUGUUUUGCACCCUGGAAAUCAAAAGAAGACAAAAAAAAAACCCGAAACAACAACACACACACGCCGUCUGUGCACUCCUGGAUCCAGCUCUCCUGUUCAUUGGACGCUCCUUCAUCUGGACAGAUGCAGCACUCUGUGUGCGGGACCACACAGUCUGUCCCGAGAACCACUGCUGACUGUUAGUACAUGUACGUGUGCGUGCGGUAGGUGAGUGCGUGUUCCUGUCAGCGGCCCCGGGGAUGUCUCGGCGUCUGCCCCGUGUGCCGCACAGGUCUGAACUAUGAGCACAAAGGUGCAUUUUGGGACAAGAGACACCGCAAACGUGCCCCUGUUUUCUGUGGUUGCGCCUGUACAUUCCUAUCUUCUGAAUGUGUAAACCUGUACACGUGGUGUGAAAAUUCCUCUAUUAAUGUGUAUCAAGAGAAUGGAACAAAGACAAAAAAUGUUACUUUUUAAAUUAUUAUUAUCAUUAUUAUUAUUAUUAUUAUUAUUACUCUUAUUAUUGUCUAGCUUUGUAAAACUGCUGAUCCAUCUGGCAUACCUCAGCAGGCCUUUCCCCCAUCUUUGAAAAAGGACAAAUGGUUGACGGGGGGGGGGGGGAGAAAUACGGUUUUGGAUAAACUAUUUUUAAUUGUGGUUGAAGCAAUAGACUUUUUGAACUUUGAAUUGUGCAUGGCUGUGUCUUGAGUGUAAAAAAAAAAAAAAAAAAUCAAACUAAAUAUUGCAGUUUGGGAACUGGACUGAAAUAAAAAGAGGAAGAAAACCAGAUAUGUGACA